GGCCGCUACAUGAAAUGAAGGUUUUCUACAAUGAAGAACACAUGAACAAUGUCGCUUGAAGCUUAUGAUGAAGAUGAGCAGUCUGUUUCAUCAGAACAACCAGUGGACACCAAGGACCGGAAUGAGGACCAUGUUAGAGAGUUGUCUGAAUUGUUACAUAAUACAUACAGUAAGGACCUGUUGUUAAAACCAGCAAAUUGGUUGAUAGCACAAAUACGGAUUAUUCUGGACAGAUAUCAAUUGAAAAAAAGUGUGUCGACUCAGUAUUGUAGUUUGAAGCCGUACCCUUUCAAAAGAUUUAAUGCUGCGCACAGAUACCAGGAAAACAUUGUUCUUGAUGUAACUGAAAGUGGUACUAUAGACUUUAUACAACCCUGCCAUGAGUUCAAAGCAUUCACAAACACAACUAAAGAGACUAAAAUGAGAAAAUACACUAAUGAAGUCAUUAGAUUUGCAGCAGCUUGUAUGAACAGCCGCACAAAUGGCACCAUUCAUUUUGGAGUGGCAGAUGACGGAAAAAUUCUGGGUGUCAAUGUCCAGAAAAAAGACAGUUUUACAACACAGCAGUCACAAGCAAUUGAGAAACAUUUUCAGAAAGUGAAACAUUUUCAGUUUGUUGAAAUAGCAAAAAGGUGUAUCUUACCUCCUCGAUUUGUUGAAGUUCUCAAAGCUGACAUGACAUCCACUGGAAAAUGGGUCAUUGAGGUGGACAUAGAACCAUCCUCCAAAGUCUGUAAAGACCUUUAUUUUCACACAGUUGACUUAGAAAAAAAUAAAAUAAAAGUAGGAGGUGCAGGAAAGAAGAAAGAGGAAGGAAAGACGUUUUUUAUAAGAGACGGCAGCAGGAUCAAGAAUCUUUUUGAUUCCAGCAGUAUAUAUGAAAAGUAUAUUGCUGACAUGUCUGUUUUGACUCAGUUGAGGAAGGAUGCAGAAGAAAAGUAUUUAAAUGAGGUCAAAAACAGUGUCCAAGGAUCAAAACUAUGUGAAAUGCUGACAGGAGGGACUCAAUCUUUGGACAAAUCAUACUUCACAUGGUAUGUUGUGGUAGCUAACAAAUCUCAUCCUGAUAAUCUGGAGAACCUGAAGUUCCUGAAUUACAUGAAACUGAUGGCUGUUCUAGAUUUUGAUCCAGAAUCUGCGGAGAAAGGAUUGAAUGCACAAAUUACUGAAAGACGAACAAAUAAUCAUUUGCCUGCUGAAUAUGAAAUUACACAAUCAUUUCAAGAGACUGCAGACAAGUUAAAACUGACCAGAAACACAAGUUGGGUUUUCUGUAAUGGAGGUAUUAAGGAGGAAAAACCCUCCAAUGUUCAGAAGUGGUCGACAGAGAAAGGAUCGUCCGUGCGACAUCCUGUUUAUUUCCUGUGCCGAAAAGACAUCAUGCCCACCAAAAAAUGUCUGGUCAUAUUUUUGCUGUUAAACCAAGUGACUGAUGGAAAUGACCCUAUGCUGGAGACAUUCAAUAUGUUUUCUCAGGAGCUACAUGGGGAAAAACAAAUCUUAUGUAUCUGUGACAAUGAAACAACAUACAACCUCUGGAAGGAUCUGAUAAUAAGGCGUUAUGGAGUUGACAUCUCAAAAAGAUGCAUUUCUGAGUUGAGUUUUGCUGAGAUCAAUGGAACUGUGCUCAGUCUCUGGUCAGAGAAUCGCAAGUCACACCGGUUUCUGCCUGGUUUUGGUGGCAGUAAGGUUGUGUUAUCAGAGGAAACGGAGGACACAUUAGAUCUGCUGAGUAUUCUCUGUGUAAAUCAAUGUGAUGAAGGAAAUGAGGACAAACAACAACAUGAAAAAAAGUUUUACACAGGAGGGAAAGUGUCAUGGUGGAACUUCUACUUCUCUGAACAGGCGGGAACGGUGCCUUUCAUCAAACGGGACAAGUUUGAGUACAUUAUUGAUGGCAUCAUUCCAGACCUGCUCAAAAGGAGGAGAUCUUGUGUGUUCUUCAACAUCUUUCAUCUUCCAGGGUGUGGUGGAACAACAUUAGCCAUGCAUGUUCUCUGGACGCUCAAGAAUAAAUAUCGUUGUGCAGUAUUAGUAUACAAACCACAUGACCUCACAAAAGUAGCCCAACAGGUAGUUCAGUUACUAACAUAUGAGGCCAAAGAGCAACAAACCAGACUCCCUGUUCUGCUCAUGAUUGAAUAUUUUGAGAAGAUUUCUGAUGUUGAAACACUUCAGAAGAAAAUUGAGCAGGAAUGUCAGAAAGAAAACAUUUCUUCAAAAUCCACACAAAUCAUUCUUAUCAAUUGUAUGAAAGUUGAGUCCCGUGAACAGGCAGAAGAAAAUGACAACUCGGUUUACCUAGGAAACGAUUUAUUUGAGAAAGAACAGAAACUCUUUGAUGAAAAGUUAAAAGAGCUCAAGAGAACCUACACAAACACAGACACAUUUCAUGGGUUCGUGUAUCUACAGACUAACGGUUCAUCUGAGUAUCUUAAACGUGUGGUAGAAAAAACUCUGAACGGCUUCAACUUUCAAGACGAACACGCUCAAUUGUUUGCUGUUCUUGUUCUUCUGAGUGUUUACUGCAGGAAUGCUCUACUGUCAGUCAGUGCAUGUGAAGAGUUUCUCCAUCUGCCCAUAACAGAAGACUGUCGAUCCUGCAAAGCUGAAGAUGGAUUCAAGGAGUUUUCCGCUCUUUUGACCAGAUGCACAGCAGCUUCUAACUUUGUCUUUGAGGGUAUGAGGGUGAUCAAUUCAUGUGUAGCCCAACACUGUUUGGAUGAACUUGCAGUUACUCAUGGAGUGAAGAAGGACGAUAUCAUGAACACACUGCUCACAACAUUCUUAGGUCAUGAUUUGUUUCUGGGGAAACAAAAACUAAUGCAGGAUGUCCACAGCAUGUUAGUGAAGAGCCGACAUUCAACCAAGAGUGAGAUCCUUUUUUCACCUCUAAUCUGUGAUAUAAUGAAGGAGACACCAGGAAGAGAAGAGAACGUUUUACUUAAUGCUACAAAGGUCUACAAAAAGGAUGCAGUAAUAUUACAGGUCUUGGCCAGGUAUUAUUACUUACAGAAAAGAGAAGAAGACUUAUACGGGAAAUAUGAAUGGUCUUUUGCCUUUUCAAAGGACAAAUCAUACAUAUGUGACAAAGUGGCACGUGUUCUUAGGGGUGAGCUGUGGUAUAAGUUUCAACAAGACAGAGAUGAUCCCAUAAAGCCAGACAGUCUUGAGAUGUAUCUUACAUUGGCUGAGUCUGCAACAAACGCCUGCAGGGAAUCACAACAAACGACACGCAAAGAGGACAAGUUUCAAUUUCAAAGACAAAAUUAUAAUAACACCUACAACACAACUGAGCUUCUUUAUGAACAUGAAGUGGCACUUAAAGUCAUAGAAAUAGUGCAAAAGACCCCACCGUUUACAUCAGAUGAUCAACUUCUUGGUCAAGUCUUGUCAGGGAAAAUCAAGAUGGAAGAUUUGACCAGUAAACAACCUAAACUGAACGAAUGUUCUAAUGUGUUGAGUAAACAUAUGCACUAUAUUCUUGACCUCGAGCCAUUUGUCAAUGUAGAUAGGAAAGACAAACUAAAGGAACCGUCACACGACACACUGAACAAGUGUUCUCAACAGGGUAUCUCUGAUGAAAUAAACAGAAGUGAGCUAGUUAAAAAUAUUCACCUGAAUGACAGGAUAAAAGAGGAGAAGACACUCCAAGAUCUAGAGAGGAACAAGACUGAUUCCCUCUACAGGAAGAGAUCUCCAUCAACUUUAAAAAGGUCAAACUGCUGUUUAAAUUCAUGUCAGAGAGAAACAUCCAGGACACCAUCAGGCUUAGUGCUUGAUGAUGUCGAGGAGAUCAUCCACUCUAAAUGUAAAGUACAGCAGGUCCCACCAGAGCCCUAUACUGAGAAUUUUGGUGUUACAAAAAAGAUUUUUUACUCAAAUGAGUGGAAGUCUGUUGGAAGUCAUCAUAUUUUUCAGGAAAGAGAGACAUUCAAAAGGCUUGAUACCUAAGCUAGUUAAAGCCAGAUCAGAACAUCUCCACUGAGUUGGACAUUAAGAAACAUGUAAGCAAGUGAGAGACACGGGUAAACUUUACAGAGCUUCUGGUAAAAUACGCAACCACUGUAUUUUGGAUGCUUUUUCAAAGAUUGUUGUUUGUCCAAUGUUCCAGUGCCAGUUAUCCAAAGAAUUUUAAUCGGAUUUUCCAUGAAGGGACCAGUUGCACUUGACAAUGACUUUGAAACAUAUGGUGUUCCAAAAGUUGGAUCUAACAAGUCUUACUGACAUAAUUAAAAUGCUAAAUUGCAAAUAAGUGAAAUUAUUACUCAUUAACCUCUUUUCUAAAAAGUUAUGUUGUUGUAUUGAACAAUAAUUUACCUUUAUUUAUAUACAAUGAUCUGUUUUUUUGUCUUUUUGUUGUUCUCGGUUAUUUAAUUCUUUUUAAAGUUCAGUUUUUUUUAUACAUGCAGGAGA